AUGAACGAAAAUUCGGUCGCUGCAUGCGGCAAUAGUACUCGGUCCUCUAGUUCUUUCGAAAAAACUGAGAUUGAAUUGUUGCUAAAGCACUGUGAAUUGGAGAAGGCACAAAAGCCCAAGAUAUGGCAUACUCUCUGGCAGCGAAUGCGACAACGAGGCGCAUACAGCUUUAUCGCCUUCAUUUUCGGAUUAACCAUGGUAGUAUCAAUUAUAACGAAUGUCUACCUGUUCGCAAAACUAUCUUCUACCUGCAUACGACAGCAGAUUGGGGCAGACCCAUCAGGCUGGAUCCAGGAAGAAGACAUGCUAAGUGCGAAGCUUGCGUGGAAGGAACUAUUGAUAGGGGAAGCAUGGCUCCUGGCCACUGAAGAAGAGAUCGAAACCUACCAACUUCAGCCUAGCCCAAAGGCACCAGUCGUCCCAACUCGAGAGCCGAAAUGGUUCCUCCAACACCAGCACUUCAGAGCUCUAACGGGGCAGAAGCUGGUCAUACCAAACGAGCACUUCGCACACUGCAUCGAGCUCCUGGCACAGUCUAUCAAGUGCUUUGGCGAUCUUUCAACCGGCCAGCAGGAUGUUCAUAUCUGUAAGAAGGCGAGCGACUUGGACGUUUUGUUCCAUGACAAAAAGAUUGUGGAUGAGAACUACGCUUGGAAUCAUUCUUUCCCGCCCGGUAUAGAAAUACUUCGGAGGGAGCAAGCGGCGGGCUACGAUAUACCAAUAUUAUAG